AUGUAUUCAGUAUUACAUAUGCUAUUACCUGUGAUUCUUGGCCUGUUGCUGGUUCAAGUCAGCAGUUUACCAUCAGAAGAAGACUUCUAUGAGAGCUUAUAUGGACCGAUUCGUAAUACACGUGAAUCUAUGAGUUAUGAAGUUGUACCAGACAAACGUUACAUUCGAUUUGGCAAAAGAUAUCAUCCUAGAAGUCCUGGCUCCAGCAAUUUACGAGGAUAUAUACACUUUGGUUAAUGUUAAUUUCAGAAUUUCGGCAUUAAUGAAAGUGUUACAACCAGAAAAUUAGAUAAAACAUACGAUUUUGUUCUACUUUCAAGAUUAUUAGACAGUUAAUAUGAUAAUAUUAUAUAUAAAAUACUAAUAAAAACAACAACUUUUGUUUUGUUUAUCUCUGAGACUUUAUCGGUUUCAAGGGAGUAAAAUAAAUGUUCAUCUAAAUUUGAAUAACCUAUUUGACAAUUAAAAGUAAUCAAAC